UUGUUAGAUUUUUUUUCAAAAGAAGUUUUCUUUCAGAAAGCAGCAAGGAAUGCUAAACACCUAUACGUUUGCGAUAUCUGUGGAAAGCCAUUUCUUUCGAGAAGCGGACUCAAUCAUCAUAAUGAAUCAGCUCACGAUCUGGCACGACUUCCAGCUGUGCGGAUCGCCUGUCCUGUUUCAGGCUGUACCUGCCGCUUCUAUACUUAUUUGGAAUUAGCUGUCCAUGCUGACGUCGAGCAUCGUAACGAGGCACUCGAUCGUAACUCCUUUCGUGUAUAUAAGCAGCGAUUCCGUGAUGUUAUUUCGCUUCAGGCAUUCGAUCGUAACUCCUUUCGUGUAUAUAAGCAGCGAUUCCGUGAUGUUCUUUCGCUUCAGGUGCGACCAGCACUUCUUUUGAAUUGA